GGAAGCCGAGGUGGCGCUCAGUCUGGCCUCCCUGGAGGCUGAUGUGGUUGUUUUGCCCUUCCGUGGGUGCCUUUACCGGACUCUGUAAGGCAGGCUGGCGGCGAAUGGAAUCGAGGACUCGCGCGGAGGCAGGAUGCUUCCAGCUGGCGAGAUAGGCAGGGUGUCGGCAGCCCCGUGCUGCCCCGAAAGCGGUGACGAAAUGAAGAACACAGAGGAGAAAAGUGACAUGAACAUUGCAGCUCUUGUUGGAAGUGAACAACUCAUGCAAGGUAGAGAUGACAAUGAGCUUCCCCUGAAUGUGUCUGCAUUCAUAGAAAAGGAAGUGGGAAGUGACCUGAAAUCUUUAAAGAAACUUGGCAAACUCAUAGAACAGAUGACAGAAAAUAAAAUGAAGUUACAAGAACAGGUACUUGCAAUUUCGUCAGAAAUCCCUAAAAGAAUUCAAUGUGCUUUAAAAGAUGCAGAAGUAUCCAGACAAGUUCUUAGUCAGUUUCUGGAGCAGGAAACUCCUCUCUUCAGCUCCAUCACCAGCCAUUUGCUGACUGCACAGCCCUGGAUGGACGACCUCAGUGCCAUGAUCAGCCAGAUAGAAGAGAUCGAGCAGCAUCUAACGUACCUUAAGUGGGUUUCCCAGAUCGAAGAGCUAAGUGAUAACAUUCAGCAAUACCUGAUGACCAAUAAUGUGCCAGAGGCAGCCUCUAUCCUGGUGACCAUGACAGAAGUUGACAUCAAGCUUCAGGAAUCAUCUUGUACUCAUCUUCUUAGUUUCGUGAGAGCGACAGUUAAAUUCUGGCAUAAAAUUCUCAAGGACAAGCUUACCAGUGAUUUCGAGGAAAUUUUAGCACAGCUCCAUUGGCCGUUCAUCACACACACCCAGUCUCAGACUGUUGGCAUAAGCUGGCCUGCUGGUGCGCCUGAGGUGUAUGGUACCCUGGAGACCCUGUUUUGUCAACUAUUGAAACUUCAAGCCUCAGAUGAAUUAUUAACUGAGCCAAAACAACUCCCAGAAAAAUAUUCUCUUCCUGCAUGCCCUUCUGUGAUCCUGCCCAUCCAGAUCAUGCUGACUCCCCUUCAGAAGAGAUUCAGGUACCACUUCAGAGGAAGCCGGCAGACGAAUGUCAUCAGCAAGCCUGAAUGGUACUUGACUCAGGUACUCAUAUGGAUUGGAAACCAUGCUCACUUUCUGGAUGAGAAGAUUCAGCCAAUAUUGGAUAAAGCAGGCUCUGUAGUAAAUGCCAGGCUUGAGUUUUCCCGGGGCCUUGUGAUGCUCGUUCUUGAGAAGCUGGCUUCCGAUAUACCUUGCGUGCUCUAUGACGACAAUCUCUUCUGCCAUUUGGUGGAUGAGGUGUUGUUGUUUGAGAGGGAGCUGCACAGUGUCCAUGGCUAUCCUAGCACCUUUGCGAGUUGUAUGCACAUUCUGUCAGAGGAAACCUGUUUUCAGAGAUGGCUGACUGUGGAGAGAAAAUUUGCUCUUCAAAAAAUGGACUCAAUGCUUUCAUCAGAGGCUGCUUGGGUAUCUCAAUAUAAAGACAUAACUGAUGUGGAUGAAAUGAAGGUUCCAGACUGUGCAGAAGUUUUUAUGACUUUACUUUUGGUUAUAACUGACAGGUAUAAAAAUCUUCCCACAGCUUCCCGAAAGCUACAGUUCCUGGAAUUACAGAAAGAUCUAGUCGAUGAUUUUAGGAUACGAUUAACGCAGGUCAUGAAAGAAGAGACCAGAGCUUCACUUGACUUCCGGUACUGUGCAAUUCUUAAUGCUGUGAACUACAUCUCAACGGUGCUGGCAGAUUGGGCUGACAAUGUUUUCUUUCUGCAGCUUCAGCAGGCAUCACUGGAGGUCUUUGCAGAGAAUAACGCCCUCAGUAAGCUGCAGCUGGGACAGCUGGCCUCCAUGGAGAGCUCUGUCUUUGAUGACAUGAUUAAUCUCUUGGAGCGUUUAAAGCUUGAUAUGUUGACUCGCCAAGUGGACCAUGUUUUUAGAGAAGUGAAAGAUGCUGCAAAGUUGUAUAAGAAGGAAAGAUGGUUGUCCCUGCCGUCUCAGUCUGAACAGGCAGUGAUGUCCCUGUCCAGCUCAGCCUGCCCACUCUUGCUGACCUUGCGGGAUCAUCUGCUUCAGCUGGAGCAGCAGCUUUGCUUCUCAUUAUUCCGGAUUUUCUGGCAGAUACUUGUAGAGAAGCUGGAUACAUACAUCUAUCAAGAGAUAAUCCUUGCUAAUCAUUUCAACGAAGGAGGAGCAGCCCAGUUGCAGUUCGAUAUGACACGGAAUCUUUUCCCUUUGUUUUCUCACUAUUGCAAGAGACCAGAAAACUACUUUAAACAUGUAAAAGAAGCCUGCAUUGUUCUGAAUUUGAACAUUGGUUCUGCAUUACUCCUGAAAGAUGUCCUGCAGUCAGCUUCCGAGCAUGUUCCUGCUACAGCAGCCUUAAAUGAAGUUGGAAUUUACAAACUGGCUCAGCAAGAUGUUGAGAUUUUGCUCAAUUUGAGGACAAACUGGCCUAACACUGGAAAAUAAUGAAUCUUUAAGAAAAGGGCUAUUUAACAAAGAAAACAGUUGGAUUGAAGUUGUCUGCUAAAAGUUCUGAAUUAACGAAACUGGACAAAUGAAAACUUGGUAGAAUCAUUUAUUAUCUUGAGUUAUGAUAUCACCAAAGCAAUGAACAUGCUUCCUCCGUCCUCCUGCUCCUAAGAAAACAGAACAGAAAACUCAGCUAUGAGAAGCAGAGUAAUUACAAAUUAGAAUUACAGAUAGGCAUGCAGACAUCUGAAGACAGUGUGAGAGCAAAGGCCAGCCAUAACUGACCUCCACUUUGCUAAUCAAGGGGAACUAUUGUAGAAAGCCGAACAUACCCAGUACAUUGUAGAAAUACUAAGUUACGAAUGUAUGUUGAUAAUUGAGGUUCCUGUAUCCAGUUUGGGAUUUUACUAUGUUUAUAUGAGAAAUGCACAGUGAGUUGGGAGUGGUAGAAGACACCUAUAAUUUCAGGAGGAUCGCUGUGUAUUUAAGACUUGCCUGGGCAACAUAGAUUUUGUCUCACCAGAGAAAAACGAAACAAAGCAAACCACACCACCCCCAAACCAACAACACAACAGUUUAUGAGAUGGUGGUUAAGCUAUAGUUGUUCCUAAUUUUCAAUUCUCAUGUCCUUUCAAUUAAAGUAUUUGUUGUAUUUGUGUGUGUGUUCAUGAGCAGGUGCGUGUGUAUUUGUUCAUGUGUGGGAUAUAUAGGUGUGUGUGCAUGCCUGUGGAGGUCAGAGGUCAACCUUGGGUAUUGUUCCCCAAGAUGUCCACCUUGUUUUGGAGACAGGGUCUCUCACUGGGACUUUGGGCAGGCCCAGGGUUCUUCUGUCUCUGCCUCCCCUAGACAGGCAUUACAAGUGUAAACCAUCAUGUCAGGUUUUACAUGGGCUCUAGGAAGUGAACUCUUUAUACUGAUUUGUUAGUGAGUUAACUGUUUAUGCUGACUUGUUAAUGGCAAAUACUUUACUCUUUACCACUAAGCAACUCCUCAGCCCUUCCUGAUUCUAUUUCUUGUAAUAAUGGCAGUAUUUUUCCUCUGGUUGAAACACUUUAGGAUUCAGUAACUGCUUUAGUCAUUUGCCUGUGGUGAUAAUUUUGUAGCUGACGAGAUACAAAUUCUGUGUGUGUGUGUGUGUGUGUAGGUGUGUACGUGAGUGUGUGCACUGGAGGGCAGAGUUGAUGUUGAGUGCCUUCCUCAAUUGCUUCCCACCUUAUUUUUUGAGACAAGGUCUCGGUGAACCUGGAGCUCAUUGAUUCAGCUAGACUGACUGGCCAGUGAGCUUUUCCCAGUGCUGGGGUUACAGACAUGUGUGACUGUGCCCAGUUUUUUAUGUGUAAGAAUUUAAACUCAGGUCUUUAUAGUUGUCCAACAAGCCCUUUGCCAGCUGAGCCAUCUCCCUGACUGGAGACAAAAAUUUUAGAUUUUGUUUUUCCUCUUAACAUUUGG